UGUAUAUGAAAUAAAUAAAUACCAUAAUAUAUAAUGAGGCUCAGGGCCAAAAAUCUUGUUCGAAUUUUACUUCUGAUGGUAGCUGUGUCAGUCGUUUAUUAUUACGUACAACUUCGAUCACUGAAAGAUGAUAAAGAAAAAACUUUAGUACGGAGUCCGCAUAACGGUGCUGGUGAUGACAGCGAUCUAGAUCAAAUUGAUAUUGGACAUGAAGCUAAAGACUAUCCAGCAAGACAUGACAGAAAUGAAGAAUAUGCACAAUAUGAUGCUCAUGGGGAGAAGUCUUCCAUAAACACGCAACCUUUUGAAUGGGAAAAGAGGGGUCCAUCAGAUUAUGAAUAUCCUAUCUUUGUCUCAGAUAACAUUGGAAAUUAUGAGAAAGAAUUGCCUGAGCAAAAGAGAGCCGGUGCAGGUGAAUAUGGUGAAGCUGUGGAGUUGGACAAAAGUUUAGAUUCCAGUGUUAAAGAAGCAAUUGGGGAAUUUGGAUUCAACUUAGUUGCAAGUGAUCGAAUUUCACUUGAUAGAGCACCGAAAGACUUACGACACCCUCAAUGUAAACAUUGGGAUUAUCCAGCUCAUCUACCCUCGGUCAGUGUUGUUCUUGUCUUCCAUAAUGAAGGUUGGUCUCCUCUCGUCAGAACUGUUCACAGCGUCAUCAAUGGAACUCCAAGAAAACUUCUUCACGAGGUUGUUAUGAUUGAUGAUGGCAGUAAAAAACCACAUUUGGGCAAACAACUUUCAGAUUAUUUGGAAAGAUUUAAUGGAUUGGUGAAAUUGUACAGAAAUUCAAGGAGAGAAGGACUUAUUAGAGCCCGGAGUAUUGGUGGCAAGAAAGCUACAGGAGAUAUUCUUGUGUAUCUUGAUGCUCACUGUGAAGUAGGACCAAACUGGUUGCCUCCAUUAAUUACUCCAAUUAUGAAUGAUAGACGAGCAUGCACUGUACCAUUGGUUGAUGUAAUUGAUGGAAACAAAUAUACUUUCACGGAACAAGCUGGUGGAGACCAUGAUGGUUUUGCUAGAGGUGCUUGGGAUUGGACUUUUCAGUGGAAGAGAAUUCCAUUGACACAGAGAGAAAAAGCCAGAAGAAAACAUCUGACAGAACCAUAUAGGUCACCCGCAAUGGCUGGAGGAUUAUUUGCGAUAGAUAGAAAAUAUUUUUAUGAGAUUGGAAUGUAUGACAAUGGUCUUGAAGUGUGGGGAGGUGAAAACUUUGAAAUUUCAUACAAGUUGUGGAUGUGUGGUGGUCAACUUUUAUUUGUGCCAUGUUCAAGAGUUGGACACAUAUACAGACUACCAGGGUGGCGUGGAAAUCCGCCACCUUCAUAUGUACCUAGGGAUGCGGUAUCGAGGAACUACAAGAGGGUCAUUGAUACCUGGUGGGAUGAAUAUGCAGAAUAUUAUUAUAAACGUAAACCCGAAGUAAGAGGAAUAGAUGCUGGAGAUUUAACGGAGCAAAAAGCUUUAAGAAAGCAAUUGCAAUGUCGAUCAUUUAAAUGGUUCAUGGAAACCAUUGCAUAUGAUAUUCCAAGGCAUUAUCCAAUGGUAGAACCUCCAGCAGGAGCGUCAGGAAAAUUGACAAAUAUCGGUACACAACUAUGUCUGGAUGGAAAACAUGGUGGAUCAGGAGCACCAUUAUAUUUAAGUGACUGUGAAUCUAAUAGGGGUGAAUUGCAAUGGUGGUUAACUUGGAGAGAGGACAUUAGGCCAGGAGGUUCAACAUCAGAUAAAGCUCGGAAAGUUUGUUUGGAUUGUGUUGGUCGAAAUAACGUGGCUUCAUUCUGGGAAUGUCAUCAAAUGCAAGGAAAUCAGUUGUGGAAAUAUGUUUUUGAUCAAAAACUACUGAUGCAUGCAGUCUCAUCUUCUUGUCUUGAAGCCGAUCCAAAAGACAAAAAAGUUUAUGCGAGAGAAUGUGAUCAAAGCAAUUCUAAUCAAUACUGGAUUUUUGCUGACUUGAAUGUCACACAACUAUCUAUUUUCAAUAGCGAUAUGAACCACGCAGUUUUAAUGGACGAUUUGUAAUAAAAUUGAAAUCACGCAGAGUUUAAAAAUAUGUUUCCAAAUCAUACUCUAUCAAACGUAGAUGGAUAUAAAAAUUAUUUUAAAUAUUAUUGCCACCGAAUGAAUCUAUCUAAUGUUUGCUUUGUAUGAUUUGUGAUAUAUUGAAAGCCUGAAAACUGAAAGUUUAAGGAUUGAACCCAUGUAAAGCUUAUUUAAUGGUAGAAGCUAGAUAGAUAGCAAUGUAUGCUGGCUAGAGGUAGUAUAGCCAUAAAACUACGGCAAUGUUGGAAAAUGAAAUAUGCAAGAGUGAUAUAUAUUGGCAAAGAAUUUUGCCCUAUGUAUUGUAAUAGCAAUAUUCUGUAUAAAAAUUGAAAUAAUUUGAUUGGUGACAAUACUUGUUAUGUCAACUAUUCCAAGCCCUGUUCGUAUAGGCUGAGCUAUCCCAAUAAUUUCCCCGUCGGGCAAAAUAGUGUUUUGAAUAGCAGUAAG